AUGAUCCUGGCUAGAGCAUCACUCUCACUCUGGGCGUUUUUACAGGGUGAGCCACAGUACUUCUUUCCCUUGGCUUCGUUGGUAACGACGAGUCGUGGUGCUUUAGUCAUAUCCAUCACUCCUGAUGCAUCAUCAUCUUCAUCAUCAUCAUCAGACUCGUCAUUGGAAGCCUUGACCUCCUAUAAACAAGCAACAAUCAAUGACGAAAUUGUGAGAUUACAAGCUUGUGAACCAAAUACCAACUGCGUCUCUAGUAAUUAUCGAGAGCCACCCAACAGAUAUGUAUCACCGUUCAAGAUUGUGAGGGAUCCAGAAACAGCCUUUCAACGAGCUGUUCGGGAUCUUAUUAUUCAGCAGUCAACAUCUGAGGAUGAUAAAAGUGGAUUCUCCGUUGCGGAAAUAAUUCCAAACUCCAAAUAUAUACAUCUAACCGUUCCUGGCACGGCACCAUCUUCUUUGGAUGAUAUUGAUAUUGUUUUCAGUGACAGUGUUGCAAAUGUCAAAUGCCAGGCCCGAGUCACCUUGCCACCGCCUCCAUUCUGCGUGCGCAAGAACUGCAUCAAUGGCAACAUGGAUCAGCGGUCGAGAAUUGAAAAGUUGGGAUACAUUCUUGGGCUGCCACCAUCUGACCGCGAAGAAAUGCAGACUGCCAAAUGGACACCGAUCUUCUUCAACAGUGAUCGAGUUCCAGGGUUUGAUGACGAGUUUUAA